CUUUUAUAUAUUAGACCAUUGAGUUCAUCUUGCUGUGCUAAUGCGGUAUGGCAACUUGUCUUAGGUGAGUAACUGCCUCAGACUCAGCGCGGUUGAGCUCGACCAGCUACGGUUUCCCACCAGAACUUUGAGAAUUCCCUCUCUAAGCUAGUCACCAGUCAGCACAUGGUAAUUUUCAGUUCUGUGUUAUGAGUUGUUGUAUCUUGCGGAAAAUUGGAAUUAUUGCGUUGCUUAGUAAUGUGUAUAACUGUCCAUCGCUACAUGCGUUAAGCUAACAGUCUGACGCAACAACAGAACAUACUUUCCAUUCAAUGUUGACUAUAAAAAUAUAGUUUCGUACAAUGGCUACAAGUGUUAUCAAUAUUAAUAGUACUUUGGAUUCUUCAUAACUGUCACAACACUUUUCGUUGUGCUUCACGUAUUCUUCAGGAUUAACUGGAGUAUCAGAGAACCAAAAGAUUCAGUACCCAGGUACUUUAAAGGUCUAUCUCUCACUUACAUAUACACAUGAAGGUGAAUAGACCUAAAAUUACGGUGGAAUACCUUGUUUGAUUUAGAUAUAUUCUACAGUGUCAUGGGAGUAUCCUAAGUUAUGAUAGUGUUUAUCUGGAUAACAUUGUCAUUCACGCUCAUGGGCUACAUCUUCUGCGUGAUUUUGAGGUAAGACGAUUUAAUUCACAUCUGUAGCAAGUGUAUGGUGAUUGAAAGAACUCAGCCUACUGUAAAAAUGCUCAUCUUCAGCAAAGAGUAUUUAAGGCCGAAAAAGCGUGUGCAUGAGCCAACAGAUGCUUACUUCGAUCACACAAAGGUUACAAUUGGAAGUAGAUCUAACGAAGCUCUGCAAUCGAUAUUUGACUUACUAAUUAAAGAGUACAUCGAAUUUUGGUACAGGCCGUUCACUUCAAACCCAGAUUUUAUGGUGCAGUUGAAAAUGUUUUUACAAUAUGCUUGUGCUGUAAUUGUCCAAAGAGUUAAAGAUAUCGAUCUUUCGGAGUUCAUUGUUAACCGGUUUAUCCCACAUUUCUUCGACCAUAUUGUACAUAUUUUAUCACUUACUUGUUCUGAUAAGUUAUAUACUACCGGUGUUGGUGACACACACGAGGAAACUCGGACCAUGUUGAAGGAGAAUCAUUCCCGUAAAAGCCCGUUGAAAUCUUGUUCCGAAGAAGCUGUUUUGUGUGCUUUUGGAGACCGAUUACAUGCAGCUCUGUAUUCAAGACAAGCUGAAGUAAUGUAUUUACGUGCAGUGGUCAGCCGGUUAUUACCAGUUCUCGGCAUGCCGCCCAGUCUUUCAUCAUCAGAAAUUCAUAAAUCAAAAGAGCCUUCUGUUGAUCACGGUCAUCGCUUUCGACGUAAUCGUGUUAUGCACAACUCUCCCGGACAUGCGUAUGGUAGUUCAGAGCGUAGUCGUAAAUCACCUGUUGUUUCACGGAGUGCUUCAACUAGUGCGUUAUUUUUCCAGAAGUUUAUGGAACUGGGUUGUAAUCCAUCGUUGUCUAGUUUUUUAAUAGAAAUACUAUCUACUUGUGUUUUAUUGCCUGCUAUGGACAUUUUAGCUAAUUCUGUAAGUUAA